AUAAUGAAAGAAAUGAUUAUGGUAAUGUGCAAUCGGAAAAUAAUGAAGAGACAGAGGAUAAUGAAAAAUCAAAAGAAGAAGAAAAUAACCAACAAUAUAAAAAAAAAAUUCAAGAUUCAAUUAAGUUUGCUGAAAAAACUUUGAAAGAAAAAAUAUCAAAUGGUCAAAAAGCACGUUAUUCUUCUGUAAUCCUUUAUUCAAAGCUUUUGUUAUCAGGUGAAAAGAAAAUAGAAGCGAGCUUAACAGUUGCAAAGGUACAUCGAUGUGGAGAAUAUCGUGCACGUUGUAUUCGGAAGUGGGCUGAAUAUUGUUUCGAAGGAAACCCUAUUCCUCCAAGUUAUCGUGGAACACUGCCUUCAAAAAGUUUACUUUAUGAUGAAUUUAUUUCUGCUCGUAUUGCCACUUAUCUUCGUUCCAACAAAUUUCAUGUUAAUCCUGCAAUG